AAUAAAUUUCAGUGCGUGUUGCGAAUUUGCGAGCAUUGUUUUCGAAUUUCUGUAAACCCUUGGACACAAUCCGCAGUUCGCUUCCUCUUCUCCAUGGACGACGCCUACGCCAGAUCCGUCUCCGAGGUUUUGGAGGCAUUUGGUGUGGAUCCGACCAGGGGGCUAUCUGAUUCUCAGGUUGCGGAGAAUGCGAAGAUAUAUGGACGUAAUGUGCUGCCCCAAGAAGGAAGCACUCCCUUAUGGAAAUUAAUAUUGAAGCAGUUCGAUGAUUUACUUGUUAAGAUAUUGAUUGCAGCUGCCUUUGUUUCAUUUCUUCUUGCUUUGAUUGAUGGAGAGACAGGUCUUACAGCAUUUUUGGAACCUUCUGUCAUCCUUAUGAUUUUGGCAGCAAAUGCAGCUGUAGGUGUGAUAACAGAGACAAAUGCUGAAAAGGCACUUGAGGAAUUAAGAGCAUACCAGGCUGAUGUUGCAACUGUGCUGCGAAACGGUUGUUUCUCGAUACUCCCUGCCACAGAGUUAGUUCCUGGUGAUGUUGUUGAAGUUGGAGUUGGUUGCAAAGUUCCUGCUGACAUGAGAAUGAUUGAAAUUCUGAGUAACCAGCUGCGUGUUGAUCAGGCGAUUCUUACUGGUGAGAGCUGCUCUGUAGCAAAGGAUCUUGAAUCAACUGCAGCAACUAAUGCCGUAUAUCAAGAUAAAACAAAUGUUCUCUUCUCAGGUACUGUUGUGGUGUCUGGUAGAGCAAGGGCUGUUGUUGUUGGAGUUGGAUCUAACACUGCAAUGGGCAACAUACGUGAAGCGAUGCUAAGAACAGAAGAUGAAGCAACACCCUUGAAAAAGAAACUUGAUGAAUUCGGGACAUUUUUAGCGAAGGUCAUUGCAGGGAUCUGUGUCCUAGUGUGGGUUGUAAAUAUUGGCCAUUUUCAUGAUCCCGCACAUGGUGGUUUCCUAAGAGGGGCUAUCCAUUAUUUUAAGAUUGCUGUUGCUCUUGCCGUUGCUGCCAUUCCUGAAGGGCUUCCUGCUGUUGUUACAACGUGCUUGGCUUUGGGAACCAAAAGAAUGGCACGGCUGAAUGCUAUUGUUAGGUCAUUACCUUCGGUGGAAACCUUGGGCUGCACCACAGUUAUUUGUAGUGAUAAAACUGGUACUCUGACAACUAAUAUGAUGUCAGUAUCAAAGAUCUGUGUGGUUCGAUCCGUUCACCGCGGCCCUAUCACUACUGACUUUACUGUUACAGGGACAACAUUUGCUCCAGAGGGUCUUAUUUUUGAUAUGACAGGAAUGCAGCUUGAAUUUCCUGCCCAGUUUCCAUGCCUUCUUCACAUAGCAAUGUGUUCAUCUCUCUGUAAUGAGUCUACACUACAAUACAAUCCUGAUAAGAGAAACUAUGAAAAAAUUGGUGAGUCAACUGAAGUUGCCCUGCGCGUACUUGUGGAAAAGGUUGGUCUUCCUGGCUUUGAUUCUAUGCCUUCAGCUCUGAAUAUGUUGACUAAGCAUGAGCGUGCAUCAUACUGUAACCGUUACUGGGAGCACCAGUUUAAAAAGAUCUCUCUUUUGGAGUUUUCUCGUGACCGCAAAAUGAUGAGUGUCCUUUGUAUUAGAAAGCAACAAGAAAUUAUGUUUUCAAAAGGUGCCCCAGAGAGCAUUAUUUCCAGAUGCACACAUAUAUUAUGCAAUGAUGAUGGCUCCUCUGUUCCACUAACUGCAGAAAUUCGUAAUGAGUUGGAAGCAAGAUUCCAAAGUUUUGCAGGGAAAGACACUCUAAGGUGUUUGGCUUUGGCAUUAAAGCGAAUGCCCACAGGACAACAGACUCUUACCUAUGAAGAUGAGUCAAAUCUCACUUUCAUAGGGUUGGUUGGCAUGCUUGAUCCACCAAGGGAGGAAGUUAGAAAUGCGAUGUUAUCAUGCAUGUCUGCUGGAAUACGUGUUAUUGUGGUCACUGGUGAUAAUAAAUCAACUGCAGAAUCUAUCUGUUGUCAAAUUGGUGCAUUUGAUCAUAUAGAUGAUUUUACCGGGUAUUCUUAUACGGCUUCUGAGUUUGAAGAACUUCCACCUCUGCAACGAACAACAGCAUUGCAGCGGAUGGUACUGUUUACCAGGGUUGAGCCAUCUCAUAAAAAGAUGCUGGUUGAAGCACUGCAAAAUCAAAAUGAAGUGGUUGCAAUGACUGGUGAUGGUGUCAAUGAUGCGCCUGCUUUGAAAAAAGCUGAUAUAGGAAUUGCAAUGGGUUCAGGGACUGCAGUCGCAAAGAGUGCUUCUGAUAUGGUAUUGGCUGAUGAUAAUUUUGCUUCAAUUGUAGCGGCUGUUGCUGAGGGAAGGGCUAUAUACAAUAAUACCAAACAAUUUAUCAGAUACAUGAUCUCCUCAAAUAUUGGAGAGGUUGUCUGUAUCUUUGUGGCAGCAGUGCUGGGCAUGCCUGAAACUCUUGUCCCUGUUCAACUACUUUGGGUAAAUUUAGUCACUGAUGGUUUGCCUGCCACAGCAAUUGGUUUCAACAAGCAAGAUUCUGAUGUUAUGAUGGCCAAGCCUCGUAAGGUAAGUGAAGCUGUAGUAAGCGGAUGGCUGUUUUUCAGAUAUUUGGUAAUUGGCGUGUACGUCGGUCUUGCUACAAUUGCGGGCUUUGUUUGGUGGUUCAUUUAUUAUGAUGGUGGUCCAAAAUUACCAUAUUCUGAAUUGGUAAAUUUUGAUUCGUGCUCGACAAGAAUGACGACUUACCCAUGCACCAUCUUUAAUGAUAGAGGACCUUCUACUGUGUCAAUGACUGUGCUUGUUGUUGUUGAGAUGUUCAAUGCCUUAAACAACCUUAGUGAAAAUCAAUCCCUCUUUGUAAUUCCUCCCUGGAGUAAUCUAUGGCUUGUUGGAUCAAUCAUUCUGACAAUGUUUCUUCAUGUGCUUAUUUUGUACGUGAAACCACUGUCUGUGCUUUUCUCUGUGACUCCACUAUCAUGGGCUGAAUGGAUGGUUGUGCUGUAUCUGUCCUUUCCUGUUAUUAUAAUUGAUGAGGUGCUGAAGUUCUUCUCAAGAAACCCUAGAGGUAGAAGGUUCCAUUUUAGAUUCAGACGAGCUGAUUUGCUUCCGAAGAAGGAAGCUCAUGACAAAUGAAUUCGAUAUACAUAUACAAGCAAAUUUUGACCGACAACAUAUACAAGAAGCAAUUAUUGAUAGAAAGCUUAAAGUGUAUUGAAAGCGCAGCAGGACAAGAUCAGAUGUAUAAGCUAAUUCAUGAUUCUGAAAAGCAGCCAAAGAAUCUAACCUUAUUUGAGGACUCCAUUAAUUUGUCAAACAGUUGUGUUUUUUUUUAUACAAUGAUCAUCAGUUUGUAACAUUCUGUUGUGAUAGUUUUUAUCAUUUGCUUGUUUACUCUUAAUAUCAGGAUUUUUUUAAAUGAA